CAACAUGUGCUGAGACUAAGAGGCAUCUUCACUCAGUGCACCUAAGAGGCCAACAAAAAUAACGUCAAUGCAGAAACAAUGAGAUGUUUUGAAAUGUCGUGGGUGAGAUUAUUUUGCCGUCAUGUGCCAGGUGUCCUUCACAAAUUUUUCAGUCUACAAUGUCGACGAAGACUUUUUCCUGCAAGAACUGGGUCGACAAACCUUGCCCUUUGCAUCGCAGGUUCAGCGUCUUCGAGACUUUGCCCACCGAGUCCCCGGGAGGCUUGUCGGAUUGUAUCAACCGUUCAUUUGGACGGCAGACACUCUGUUGAGGGCUUUGUCCUACAACGAGAAGCUGAAGGUGGUCUUGACUUUGUGUGACCCCGUGGAUCGCUUUGAACGGCGUUUGCAUGGGCAAUUUCCCAAUGAGAAGGACGUGCGCAAGGCCUUUAAAGUUCAACUGGAAGAUGAACAUUCGAGGCCGGUCUCUUUGGCGAAGAAGUGGCGUGCUUGGCACCACGUUUUCACGUCUCGAAUCUUGUUCACCGAGAAGACGCAGCUGAGCAGAAGCGAGACCUGGCGAAAGCUGGCGGAGUUCCUGCAGAUCCAUCCGUAUCCGAAGAGUGCGGUGUUUGCCCGCUACAACAGCCGUGGAGGUCCCGAAUUUCGCUCCAGCCUCUGCAAGGAGCAUGAUUUGCUUCAAGAUCUCAAGGAGCGCUUCAGUUUCGAGUACGAUUUUUUGCGCCAAGUCGUCAGCACUGAGUUUCGGACCCACUGUGACAGGUCCUCAACACGAUGUCAAAAAUCCCGGUGCGGCUGAAAGCGAACGACUCGCGAUCGCCAAAGUGGGAGCACCAAUCUGUUUCGCUG